AAACUAAAAAAUUCCAAUAAUACCUAAAUCUAAUUCAGCUUUCUCUUUCUUCCCCUCUCUUCCAGCGUUCCUCUCUACCUCCUCCAUAAUCAGAUUCACAAAUCACGACAAACGCGCCGCGACCGCCUCUGCCAGCUCGCUCCUCUGCUCGCUGCGGGCCUGCGGCUGCCUCUGCCUGACUGCCUCCGUGGCCGUUCGUCGCUCUCGCCUCUCUGUUCGCCGCAACCUCAUCUGUCUCCAGAUCAGGUUGCUGCUUUGUUGAAAAGCUACUGCAUCUCAACCACUUCUUGAGGAGGGUGACUGAUCUGUAGCUGAUGAAUCAUCAAAAUAGUACUCAGUACUAUAGUAGAAAUACAAGAAAGUUGUAAGAUUUUGUUUUUAUUUAAAUUAUCGAUAGCAGGAACACUCAAGCCAAGGACAUGGCAAAUCAACCAAAUGAAAACCAGCAAGCACCAAGUUCUGCAUCACUUAUCCAGAAAACUGGUGAGGAUCAAGUAGUCAGUGGCCCUUCUGCUGCGGGCUUUAUAGAUUCAUUGGAAAACCGGUAUCAAAAAAUCAAAGAGCAUGCAGAAACUUAUCCUUAUGUAUGGGCUUCCUAUAUUGUUGUAUAUGGUGGCUUUGGUCUCUGGACUACCUAUAGAUGGAGAAAGCUUCGAAAGACAGAGAACAGAGUGCGCUCACUUCAAGAAAAACUACGAAAGCUUAUUGAAGCGGAAGAAUCUGGUAAUUCUGCAAAAGUGGUUGAAAAGGGUUCCGCAUCUUCUGAGAAGAAGCCUUCCAAGUAGCAUAUAUUCCAAUAUUCCUUGCCAGUUACAUGUGCCAGGUAGUCUUGUUUACUGCCACUGCUAUCAUUUUUCUUUACCAUCAUGGUUGCCGUUGGCUCGAAAAAAUAUUCUUUUGGCUCCUCUGGUCAAACUGAAUCGUUGGUGGAAGUCCUCAACUAUAUUGUGCUUUGUAGACAUUUGUUAGAUUUUGAAUCUCAUUUUUCCUUCCAAAGUUUUGAAUGGUGUAGCCUUUUAGUCAAAUAAUAUAUAGCUUCAGAAAUGUUACUUCCAGGAAUGUUUGGAUUUAUUUAUGGAAAAAUGGGAUGAUUGAAUGUAAGAGAUCCCAUUGUAGAUUAUUGAAAAUAAGGAUAGAAUGAAAUCAAACAAUGCAUUUUUCUCGUUUCAUGGCUUCGAUUAACAAAAGUCAGAACAAAAUAUUUAUCAAA